CGGCGGGGAGCGGCGCGGCGGCGGCGGCGGCGCGGCCGCGGGAAGAUGUCGGCGAGCCAGCCGCAGUCGGGAAGAGGUGUGCCUUGUUUACGCUGCAGAGGGAUGUGCAUGGGCUUCGAGCCACAUUCCUGGAGGAAGAUCUGCAAGUCGUGCAAGUGCAGCCAGGAGGAUCACAGCCUGAGCUCGGACGUGGAGGACGACCGCAAGAUCGGGCGGCUGCUGUCGGGCUCCAGGUACGCGGCGCUCACGGCCCGCAGCAAGGCGGGCGACGGCGGCCGCAUCUACAAACGCAACCGCAUGAUCGUCACCAACCCCAUCGUGUCGCGCAAGGACCCCACCUUCGACACCGUCACCUACGAGUGGGCGCCGCCGGGGCUCACGCAGAAGCUGGCCAUGCAGUACAUGGAGCUGAUUCCCAAGGAGAUGCAGCCGGUGGCGGGCACGGAGGGCGCCUGCUACCGCCGGCGGCAGCUGAUGCGGCAGCUCCCGCUCUACGACCAGGACCCGGCGCAGUGCCGCGGCCUCGCCGAGCCCGAGCUGAAGCUGAUGGAAGACUUUGUGAAGAAGUACAAAGCCGAAGCGCUGGGUGUCGGGGAGGUGGCUCUGCCGGGCCAGGGCGGCAGCGGCAAGGAGGAGGAGAAGCCCCAGGACAAGAGCGUGGCCGCCGACAAACCCGCCGAGGCCACCAACGGCGCCCUGGAGACCGCGCCUGCCGGAGGCGUCUACCGCUGCGACACGUGCAAGCAGGCGGUGCCCGGGGACUGCCCGGUGGUGUACGCGGAGCGCGCCGGCUACUCGCGCCAGUGGCACCCGGCCUGCUUCGUGUGCUGCCGCUGCGCCGAGCCCCUCGUCGACCUCAUCUACUUCUGGAAGAGCGGCGCGGCCUGGUGCGGGCGGCACUACUGCGAGAGCCUGCGGCCGCGCUGCGCCGGCUGCGACGAGAUCAUCUUCUCGGAGGACUACCAGCAGGCAGAGGGGAUGGCCUGGCACACGAAGCACUUUGCCUGCCUGGAGUGCGAGACGCUGCUGACGGGCAAACCCUACUCCCUGGAGAACAGCAGCCUCCUGUGCGUGACCUGCAGCAAGAGCAAGCGGCUGUGAGCGGGGAGCGGCUCCAAGGGCAGCCACAGCGAGCUGGAGAGGGGAAGGUUACACUUAGAGCCUGGCUGUUCACCUGCAAGCGACCCGCUGCUCCCUUGCAUCCCGUACGGCUUGCAGGAGAACAUUUCCCUGGGGAGGGCGCGAAGGAAGCUCGUUGAGCUGUGGGUGGGAGGUCUGCAGCACGUCUGACCACGAGGGACUGAAAAGGGGACUCUGUGUUGUGCUGGGCUUUUUAUAAAGUCUCUCCAGUCUUCUGGUGACUAAGGCCUUGCAGUAGUCUUUUGGAAAUAACGCAUCUCAAAAGUAAGUUGUGGCUACCAAGCCUGCAGCCAUGGCGCAGGCUGGGGAUUGUUCCUCUUGUUUGGAAUCCGUGCUGGAAGUCGCCUGACAGGCUGGUGAGGGCUGUGCUAAAGCAUUGGGUUUGGAGGCUUUGAUUAACCCAGGUGAUUGCUUUCCAAAAGCAGACUAUAUAACGUUUCAGCAACAUGUAGCUGUAGCUUCUUCCUCGGUGUACAGUGAGUUGACAGCCGGUGACUGCUGUAACCUGUGGGGUGGGAAGGGUGCAGCUCUGCCCCGGGGCAGCUGCCUGGCUCAGCCCAUCUGCGCUUCAGCCCUGGAACUGGAAUGCCAAAGCUGGCAGGUCCCAGCCCCCACAGCCUCCUGCUUGCCUCCCACUGCUGGCUCUUGCAGGCCAGCCUGUUUCCACAGAGCAUCAUUGUGUUCCCAGCACACUGCAGGUCGUUAAGUGUUAGAGCAGGAGCCUUGAUUUCGACUGGGUUUGACCAGGAAUUUUAUGUCUUGGGGAGGAGUGUGUCUGAAAUGCUGCAGUGCCAGUUUUCCCUGUAAUAUGUCAAUGAUCUCCUCCAAGUACCAGGGAGCCAGACUUCAGCCUGGGCUCUGCCCUGUGCCUCAUCCCACAGCUCUCCUGUCCCUCAGGGAGGUGCCCAUCGCCCUUUGGACCUGGUAGGGGUGACACCACCCUGGGAUCUGGGUCUCUGCAGAUAGUGUUUGGUCCCUACAUCAGGAAAUGCUUCCUAUAGUCACUGAAAAUACCAGAUAGUCUGGGCUUGGUCUUUUUCCUGAUACUAAAUGUCUAUGUUACUUGCCAGAGAACUGGAAUACGUUUUGCAGAGGUGAGUGAGCAAAGAGUUUGCUUGCUGCUCUUUCUGCUACAGAAGCCGCUGGUUUCUCUUUAAAGCACGCUCCAUGCUGUGGAUGUUUGCUUGCUUAGGAUAAAACAACCUGCAGCUGAGAGUUAGGGGAGUCUGUAGGGGCUGCAGGGUCAGAACGAGCAGCUGCUGCCCAGGCUGUGCCAUGGGCUUGGCGAGGAGAGGAGAGCCCAGUCCAUCCCUGUCCAAGUAGGUGAGACUGAUGCAAAGACACGCUGAGUGGGGUGUGAGUGCCUGCUGUGCCUUGCCUAGCCCCAUGCUGCUGUGCUUGGCACUCCUGGAAGCACUGGGGUGUUCAUAGUGACUGAAAUGCUGCUGCUGCAGCCGGGCAGGAGAGUCCCGAGGGGCUGUGGCAGCUGGGGGGCAGGGGAGGUGGCUGAGCAGGUACCUCUGUGCUCGGGUCCUUUGUCUAUCUCAGGUUAGUCAAGGGCUGUGCUGAGUGCCUGGGGGUGUUGCAUCUGGAAACUUGGAUUCUGCAACCCAGAGAGGAUGUGUAGGCCUGGAGUUCUGCUAGGAAUGCUAAAGCUCCCUUGGAUGCAGGCACUGCGGUUGUAAGUGAAGUGGGAAUGAAAAAUAAAGCCCUGUGCUUAGCUCUA